AUGCCGGUUCGCAGGGGUCACGUCGCGCCCCAAAACACUUACCUGGACACCAUCAUCCGCAAAUUUGAGGGACAGAGUCGUAAAUUCCUGAUUGCCAACGCUCAAAUGGAAAACUGCGCCAUCAUUUACUGCAACGACGGCUUCUGUGAACUCUUCGGCUACUCACGCGUGGAGGUGAUGCAGCGACCAUGUACCUGCGACUUCCUCACAGGCCCCAACACCCCGCGCAGUGCUGUGUCCCGCCUGGCACAGGCCCUACUAGGGGCUGAGGAGUGCAAGGUGGACAUCCUCUACUACCGCAAGGAUGCCUCCAGCUUCCGCUGCCUGGUGGACGUGGUACCCGUGAAGAAUGAGGAUGGGGCCGUCAUCAUGUUCAUCCUCAACUUUGAGGACCUGGCCCAGCUCCUGGCCAAGAGUGGAAGCCACAGCCUGUCCCAGCGUCUGCUGUCUCAGAGCUUCCUGGGGUCUGAGGGCUGUCAUGGCAGGCAAGGCGGACAGGGGCCUGGCACGGGCAGAGUCAAGUACAGGACCAUCAGCCAGAUCCCACAGUUCACGCUCAACUUUGUGGAGUUCAACCUGGAGAAGCACCGUUCGGGCUCUACCACAGAGAUCGAGAUCAUCGCGCCCCACAAGGUGGUGGAACGGACCCAGAACGUCACCGAGAAAGUAACCCAGGUCCUGUCCCUGGGUGCAGACGUGCUGCCGGAGUACAAGCUGCAGGCGCCGCGCAUCCACCGUGGGACCAUCCUGCACUACAGCCCCUUCAAGGCCGUGUGGGACUGGCUCAUCCUGCUGCUGGUUAUCUACACGGCCGUCUUCACGCCCUACUCAGCCGCCUUCCUGCUCAGCGACCAGGACGAGUCCCGGCGUGGCGACUGCGGCUACACCUGCAGUCCGCUCACCGUGGUGGACCUCAUUGUGGACAUCAUGUUUGUUGUGGACAUCAUCAUCAACUUCCGCACCACCUAUGUCAACACCAAUGACGAGGUGGUCAGCCACCCCCGCCACAUCGCCGUCCACUACUUCAAGGGCUGGUUCCUUAUUGACAUGGUGGCCGCCAUCCCCUUUGACCUGCUCAUCUUCCGCACCGGCUCUGAUGAGACGACGACCCUGAUCGGGCUGCUGAAGACAGCGCGCCUGCUGCGGCUGGUGCGCGUGGCACGGAAGCUGGACCGCUACUCGGAGUACGGGGCUGCUGUGCUUUUCUUACUCAUGUGCACCUUCGCGCUCAUUGCACACUGGCUGGCCUGCAUCUGGUACGCCAUUGGCAAUGUGGAGCGGCCCUACCUGGAGCCCAAGAUUGGCUGGCUGGACAGCCUGGGUGCACAGCUCGGCAAGUACUACAAUGGCAGUGAUCCGGCCUCAGGCCCCUCUGUUCAGGACAAGUAUGUCACGGCCCUCUACUUCACCUUCAGCAGCCUCACCAGCGUGGGCUUCGGCAAUGUCUCACCCAACACCAACUCUGAGAAGGUCUUCUCCAUCUGUGUCAUGCUCGUUGGCUCCCUCAUGUAUGCCAGCAUCUUCGGCAACGUGUCGGCCAUCAUCCAGCGCCUGUACUCCGGCACCGCGCGCUACCAUACGCAGAUGCUGCGCGUCAAGGAGUUCAUCCGCUUCCAUCAGAUCCCCAACCCGCUGCGACAGCGCCUGGAAGAGUACUUCCAGCACGCCUGGUCCUACACCAACGGCAUCGACAUGAACGCGGUGCUGAAGGGCUUCCCUGAGUGCCUGCAGGCAGACAUCUGCCUGCACCUGCACCGCGCGCUGCUGCAGCACUGCCCCGCCUUCCGUGGCGCCAGCAAGGGCUGCCUACGCGCGCUCGCCGUCAAGUUCAAGACUACGCAUGCGCCGCCUGGAGACACGCUGGUGCACCUGGGCGACGUGCUCUCCACGCUGUACUUCAUCUCACGCGGCUCCAUCGAGAUCUUGCGCGACGACGUGGUCGUAGCCAUCUUAGGGAAGAAUGACAUCUUCGGGGAGCCUGUUAGCCUCCAUGCCCAGCCGGGCAAGUCCAGCGCAGACGUGCGGGCACUAACAUACUGCGACUUGCACAAGAUCCAGCGGGCAGACCUGCUGGAGGUGCUGGAUCUGUACCCUGCCUUUGCGGACAGCUUCUGGAGUAAGCUAGAGGUCACCUUCAACCUGCGGGACGCAGAUGGGGGUCUCCAGUCAUCACCCCACCAGGCUCUGGGCAGCCAAGAUCACCAAGGCUCCCUCCUCAAUGACAACCUGUCAGGUACAGCCUCAUCCCUGAGCACCUCAGACACGUCUGGCCUCUGGCCUGAGUUGCUGCAGCAAGUGCCCCCAAGGCACAGCCCCCUAAACUCUCAGGCAGGCCCAGAUGGUUGGCCUAGGGAGCUAGCCUCACGGCUUGAGCAGCUCCAGGCCCAGCUGACCAGGCUGGAGUCCCGCACGGCCUCCGACCUCAGCCUCAUCCUGCAGCUCCUUCAACAGCCCCUGCCACAGGACUACCCCAGCUGCAUCUUGGGAGCCCCUGACUCCCAGGACCUGGCCUUGUUUCCUGCAGCCUCAGCGACUCCAAGUCCAGGUCCCAGACUGCCCCAGAGCCAUCUGCCUCCUGAACAGACCCCAAGCUCUGGUGGCUUGGACCAAUGUAGGCCAAUGCACAGGAACUCCUCCAGGAUGCAGCACCUCGUCAUGGCAACGGACAGACCUCUGACAUCAUGCUCAGAGCAGGAGCAGCCCCAGCGGCUCCUGUCACCCUUAGCCUCACCUCUGUGUCCCACAGGGGUACAGGGACUCAUCAGUGGUCCCCGUUUCCCCUCUCUCCCUGAACACCUCAGCUCUGUCCCCAAGCAGCUGGGUUUCCAGAGAUAUGGCUCAGAUCCUGGACUUGCAGGGAGUUAG